UGUCAAUUGCUUACAUAACCUAUUCUGCAUUUAGAGGUUCUCUUCUAUAUUGUUUUCUUACAAGUGUUGAGAACCUAAUGGCAAGUAUCGUUCUACUAUGAAUUUGAAUCAUGAAUAGAGGUUUUUGCCUUACAUUCACACUCUCCUCUUGUUGAUUUUUAAUUACUAUUAUUAUAUCAUUUCUUUGAAACAUGCAUGAUCUUUCCUAAAUAAGAAUAGCUCAUGGAUCUUAAAAAUUUUCUCAAGAUAUAUUUUCAAAAAUUUUAGGGCACAUUACAAUGUUGUUCUGAAGGAAAUUGAAGUUGGUGGUGCUGUUCUAGAACUUCCAACAGAUGUCUUUGAUGCCGGAGAUAACAGAGGUACAAUAAUUGAUAGUGGUACAACUUUGGCCUAUCUUCCUGACGUAGUUUAUGAGUCAUUGAUGAACAAGAUUCUGGCUCGGCGGUCUGGAUUGAAAAUACAAACCGUUCAGGAAACAUUCUCUUGUUUUCAGUUCAAUGAAAAUGUUGAUGAUGGAUUCCCGACUGUUACUUUUCAUUUUGAAGAUUCCAUUUCCUUGACAGUUUAUCCUCAUGAUUAUCUCUUCCAAGUUCGUGAAGAAAUGUGGUGUUUUGGUUGGCAGAACGGAGGGAUGCAAACUAAGGAUGGAACACAAUUGACUCUUUUGGGAGAUUUAGUUCUUUCAAAUAAAUUGGUUUUAUAUGAUAUUGAGAACCAAGUUAUUGGAUGGACUGAGUACAACUGUGAGUAUAUUCCGUAGUGUUCAUCAAUUCUACUUUUUUUUUUUUUUUUUUGUGUCAAAGUUACUGUUUAU